CGCGACAACUCGGUAAAAUGGCUGUGUCUCGCGGAGCCUCGUGCUGCUUUGGUUGAUAUCUAGCUCUCUCGCUCUCGUCCUGUAACAGAAGCCCCUACAACACACACUCUCCCACUUGUAUUGGCAAAACUUGCAUCCCUGGCUCUGUUUUCAUGUGUUUUUUCUUUCCCAAAACUUUCCCCUCUCUGUUUUAACUUGUACGGAGUCGCGGUGGAUUACCGGAUACCGGUCCGGACGGAGGGCAAAGGGGGAAUGAACCGGGACAGCGGGUACGUUCUUCUAAAUCUCCUUGUAUUUAUAUUCAAUGGUUCUUCGGAUUUUUAUUGUGAGUAGUCGCGUUGCUGAUUGAGAGAGGCUGCGAACGACUUGGGAGACAGAGGAAUAUGGCCGCUCAGGUCGCCAGCGUCGCCACUCUCAAUACUAGCCCGCCAUCCGAACUCAAAAAGCCGGACCGGGACCCGCAGGAUGAGUCGGUGGCGGGAGAGAAGCAGCAUGAGAAAAAGGAACCUGGGACUGACGGGGGCUCUCCCGGCCAGAAGGAGCUACAGGACGGGACCGAUGCUGGCAACGCUGGGGGAGGAGGGGAUCCUGACAUGAAGAACGGCAAUUUGCCCAGGGUAAAUAAUAAUAACAGUAAUCAGAAUGAUUCUGGCGGACCCGAAGGGAAUAACCAUCCCGGAAUGGGACAUCAUCAUACGGGCCCCUUUCCCCCACCUCCUUACGGUUACAACCAGCACUUCAGGCCCCCUUUUCAUCAACAUGGCGGACAACAAAGCCCUGGCAUGGCAGCUGCAUCGGGGCCGGGCAUGAUGGACCCAUAUCCCCCUAACUCACACGAACACGGCUACCCCAACCAUUACAACAACUACAGCCCAUUCCCGAAUAGGACUUCUUAUCAAGGCCAGGGCUACGGGGCCAUGAAUUCCCCACGCAAUAGCCAGCCUCCGGCGGCUGGGGGGCAGCCAGGCAAGCAACAGCCAGCAGGAGGAACCGCUGCUAUGGCUGCUUCUUAUAAUAAUCAGAGGUAUAAUAUGGGAAACCAACAACCUACAUCUACACCAACUUUAAACCAGCUUCUGACAUCUCCCAGCUCGGCUAGGACCUAUCCGAAUUACCCACAGGGGGACUAUAACAAUCAGGACGGGGCUAACAAGGGACCAGGAGAUAUGGGUAGCAGUCAGUAUGCUGGGGUCCAUCCGGGUUGGCAACAAAGGGUUCACCAUCCACCUCCUAUGAGCCCAGGGAACACUGGACAACCACCUAACAGAACCCAGCCCUCAAGCCCCAUGGACCAGGUAGGGAAGAUGCGGAACCAGCCGUACACAGGGCCAAACCCAUACACUCAGCAGCAACAGGGGCCUCCCAGUGGGCCUGGCCCCCAACAAGGGGGCUCUUAUCCCGGGCAAGGCUAUGGACCCCCAGGCCCACAGAGAUACCCAAUGGGUAUGCAGAACAGAAGUAUGCCGUAUGGACAACAGAUGCCAUAUGGACAACAGGGGCCAGGUGGUUAUAGUCAUCAGAACCAAGGCUACUAUGGUCAGCACGGGCCUCCUCACCCUGGGGCUCAGCAGCCAUACCCUGGUCAAACACAGGGCAGCUCUGGUCCUCCAUAUGGCCAGCAGGGACACCCAGCCCAGCCACCCGGUCAGCACGGGCAGCCUGCAGCUCCAUACCCACAGUCACAAGGUCCCCACGGCCCUGCAGCAGGCCAGCCUCCUUACAACCAACCACCACAGUCCCAGCCCGGUCAACCACCCUACGCCCCCUCACAGCAGCCACCACCGCAGUCUCAAUCGCAGCAGCAGGGUCCUGGGGCUCAGACCCAGCAGAGCUCUCAGGGCCAGCCCGGGUACACACAAGGCCCUGGGACAGGCCAACCACCGCAGCAGCCAACGCCUCAGCAGCAGCCAUCGCAGCAAGGACCGCCACAGGCACAGGCACAGGGAGCACCCCCACCUCAGGCUCAACAGCCUCCCAACCACGGGCAGCAGGGUCAGCCAUCCCCCUACUCUCAAACGCCGCCUCUACCACAACAGGGCCAGCAGCAGUCCCAGCAGCAGUCGCCCUAUCAGAGGUUUCCCCCACCUGCACAGGAACUGUCUCAAGAUUCCUUCAGCUCCCAAUCCAGCGCCCCACCUUCCAACCAACCCAUUGCUUCCAACAAGAGCAGUCAAGAAGACAGCAUGCAGGGUCGACCAUCCAGUUUGCCAGACCUGUCCGGCUCCAUCGAUGACCUGCCCACUGGUACAGAAGGGGCCUUGAGCCCUGGUGUUAGCACUUCAGGCGUGUCAAGCAGUCAAGGCGAGCAGAGUAACCCCGCUCAGUCACCUUUCUCUCCACACACCUCACCCCACCUGCCCGGCAUCCGUGGACCCUCACCAUCACCUGUGGGCUCACCCGCUAGUGUCACCCCCUCCCGCACUGGACCCUUGUCACCAGCUGCUGUGCCAGGCAAUCAGAUGCCUCCCCGACCCCCCAGUGUUCAGUCAGACAGCAUGAUGCACUCGUCCAUGAACCAGUCCGGGAUGGGCCAGGACAGAGUGUAUAUGCGCAACCCCAAUAUGCCGCCUUAUGGCUCACCUGGACAACCUGGCUCUGCCUUAUCUCCACGCCAGUCUUCAGGAGGCCAGAUGCAUGCUGGGAUGGGACCCUACCCCCAAAACAACUCUAUGGGCAACUAUGGGCCACAAAGUGGUCAAUAUGGUCCACAAGGUUAUCCCCGGCAGCCAGGCUACACAGGAAUGCCGAAUGCUAACUACCCAAGUGGCCCUGGGAUGAGCGGUUCCAUGAACCCCAUGUCUGGUCAGGGGAGUGGGCCUCCUUAUGGAGGAAUGCCUCCUGGGAGAAUGCCCCCAGGGCAGAUGGGCACUCGACCCUAUGGCCCUGGCAUGGGCUCUAACAUGACCAACAUGCCUCCUCAGAUGGGCUCAGGGAUGUGUCCUCCUCCAGGCAUGAACAGAAAGGAUGGUGGCCCUGCCAUGCACCAUGGACCCUCUAACUCCAUACAUAACAGACCACCCGGCUACCCCAACAUGUCCCAGGGCAUGAUGGGAGCAGGCUCCGGCUAUGGCCCUGGGAUAAACAGCAUGCAUGGAAUGAUGAACCAAGGAGGGCCCGGACCAUACCCAAUGGGAGGCAAUAUGCCCAACAACACUCCUGGAAUGCCUCCCGGUUCAGAAUUUGGCAUGGACAAAAUUAACCAAGCCCCGAAGAUGAACAACAAAGUAGACGGGACUCCCAAAUCUGAAUCCAAAAAGAAGUCAAGCUCUUCCACAAUUACCAAUGAAAAGAUCACCCGGCUGUAUGAGCUUGGCCCGGAGCCGGAGAGAAAGAUGUGGGUGGACCGAUACCUGGCCUUUGCUGAGGAGAAGGCCAUGGGCAUGAACAACCUGCCCGCUGUGGGACGCAAACCUCUCGACCUCUUCAGGCUCUACGUGUCUGUGAAGGAAAUAGGUGGACUCACACAGGUCAACAAGAACAAGAAAUGGCGAGAACUAGCUACUACUGUGGGCACAUCUAGCAGUGCGGCUAGUUCACUGAAAAAGCAGUACAUCCAGUGUUUAUAUGCCUUUGAGUGCAAGAUCGAGAGAGGAGAGGAUCCGCCACCCGACUUUUUCAACACUGACAAUAAAAAGAACCAGCCCAAGAUCCAGCCCCCCAGUCCAGCUGGUUCUGGAUCACUCCAAGGUCCACAGACCCCUCAGUCCACCAGUAGUUCAAUGGCAGAGGGAGGAGACCUGAAGCCACCAACCCCAGCCUCCACACCACAUUCACAAAUGCCCCCAAUGCCCGGUGCAAGAAGUAGUGUUAAUCUUCAGGAUCCGUUCGCUGAUGGUGGAGAUCCUGCAUUCGCCAGAAGAACACCCAACUCUCAGGGCUAUCAGCCUGGAAUGGGUGGUCCAGAAAUGAUGAACCGGAUGGGGUCCUAUGACUCGAAGGACCCUUUUGGUGGCAUGAGAAAAGCUGGAGAGCAGUUCAUGCAGCCAGGCCCCAACAGUGGAAUGGGAGAGCAGUAUAAUCGGGGCCCCCCUGGUCCUAUGGGGAACAUGCAGAUGGGCCAGAGGCAACAGUACCCUUAUGGAUAUGAGCGAAGACAGGAACCAGGCAUGGGCCCUGACGGCAGCAUGGGGCCUGGAGGUCCACAGCCCAACAUGAUGCCUUCUGGAGCCGACGCAGGGAUGUACUCACCCAGCCGUCCCCCACCACAGCAGAGGCACGAGUCCUAUGGAAACCAGUACUCUGGACAAGGAGCUCCCCCUGGUGGCCCAUACCCAAAUCAACAGCCAGGAAUGUAUCCACAGCAGCAACCGAACUACAAACGUCCUGUAGACGGGGCCUAUGGUCCUCCAGCUAAGCGUCAUGAGGGUGAGAUGUACAAUGUUCCGUACAGUGGUCAGCAGCAACCUGGGCCCCAGUCAUCAGGGCCCCAGGGCCAGCAGGACAUGUACAACCAGUACAACACAUACCCCGGAGGAGAGCGCAGACCGCCUGGCCCACAGAACCAGUUCCCCUUCCCCUUUAACCGGGACAGGGGUCCAGCCUCUGCAGGACCCAACACUCAGUCACCCAUGGCUCCCCAGAUGAUGGGCAGCCCCAUGCCUUCUGGCCCAGAUGGCCCCCAGGGACCUAUGUGGCAGGGUCGCAAUGAGAUGAGCUUUUCCAACUUCCCUAACCGGCAGGGUCCACCUGUCCCAGGUCAAGGCCCCGGCUUCCAUGGCAUGAAUCGCUCGGAAGACAUGAUGUCAUCAGACCAGCGCAUGAAUCAUGAAGGCCAGUGGCCCGGGCACAUGAACCAGCGGCAGCCCCCAUUUGGUCCUGGAGGUUCUGGACCACCCAUGUCCCGACCUCUGCCCUCCACCUACCAGACCUCUCAGAACCACAUUCCUCAGGUGUCCAGCCCCACACCCAUGCCUCGUCCCAUGGAGAGCAGGACGUCCCCCAGCAAGUCCCCCUACAUGCACCCGGGCAUCAAAGUGCAGAAGGCUGGUCCCCCGGUACCCGCCUCCCACAUCGGACAGACCCCAGUGCAGCAGCCUCUCAUCAGGAGAGAUGUGGCCUUCCCCCCAGGCUCUGUGGAGGCCUCCCAACCCCAUCUGAAGCCCCGCAAGAGGCUCACCAUGAAAGAUAUCGGUACUCCUGAAGCCUGGAGGGUCAUGAUGUCCCUCAAGUCUGGUCUACUCGCUGAGAGUACCUGGGCUUUGGACACGAUUAACAUCCUGUUGUAUGAUGACGGCAGCAUUUCCACUUUCAACCUGUGUGCUCUGCCUGGGUUCCUGGAGUUGGUAGUGGAGUACUUCAGGCGCUGCCUCAUUGAAAUCUUUGGCAUCUUAAAGGAGUAUGAAGUGGGAGACCCCGGUCAACGCGCCCUUCUAAACCCGUUUGCAGAGGACGUGGACUCUGAUGAUGAGAUCCCAAUGCCUGAGGGAGGGGACAUGGACACUGAUGAGGAGGAAGAGGAGGAUGAGGAGGAAGAGAAGGCCCGCCCAGUCGUCCAGGUGAAGGAGGAAGCGCACACCCCCCUGAGCAAGUCUGCAGAGGACCAAGAAGACCACAAGGAAACAGAGUCUCCUGUUAAGGAACCAUUAAGCUCUACCUCAGGGUCUCAGGACCCCAAUGUCCACGUGGAGAAGCCCAGGCAGGCCAGCAAAUACGACAAACUGCCCAUCAAGGUGGUCCGAAAGAGGAACCCCUUUGUGACAAAACAUGCAUCCAAGCUGAGGCAGCUGCAGAGCUUUGACAGUGGACUUGUACACUGGAGCAUCGGCGGAGGGGACACUACAGAACACAUCCAGACCCACUUUGAGAGCCGAAUGGACCUUUUCAAACGGUGCAAGCGCACAGCGGCCCCUGAGGCCCGAAAGAAAGUUCCAGUACCUCAGGCAGCUGUGGAAAGCCCUGACCCAGCCAAGCCCAACGGUGAAGACAAACCUCCACAGCCCUCUCAGCCCACUGACACAGAGCAGAGCCCCCUGUCCACCACAGCGCCUGUCACCGCCACCAUUGACGACGUCCUGUCCGCACGCCCCGGCUCUGUCACAGAGGAGGCAGUGCGUGGAGGGACGGAGGAGCAGAAGGAGAAUGGAAAGUACCUUUUCAGCAUUAAUCCAGAGCUCCAAAGCCGCCGGAAUGUUAAAAUCCUGGAGGAUGAGCCACACAGUAAGGAUGAGACGCCCCUGUGCACGCUGUCCGACUGGCAGGACUCCCUGUCCCGCCGCUGCAUCUGUGUGUCCAACAUUAUCCGCAGCCUGUCCUUUGUCCCAGGCAAUGACCUAGAGAUGUCCAAACAUCCAGGAUUGCUGCUGCUCUUGGGGCGUCUGGUCCUCCUGCACCACCGGCACCCCGAAAGGAAGCAGGCACCUGUCACCUACGAGAAGGAGGAGGACGAGGACGAGGGCGUGAGUUGCGAGCGUGACGAGUGGUGGUGGGACUGUCUAGAGGUGCUGAGGGAAAACUGCCUGGUCACAUUAGCAAACAUCUCAGGUCAGCUGGACCUGUCCAUCUACUCGGAGAGCAUAUGCCUGCCGCUGCUGGAUGGCCUACUCCACUGGGCUGUAUGUCCCUCUGCAGAGGCCCUGGACCCCUUCCCAACGCUGGGGCCCCAUGGCUCCCUCUCCCCCCAGAGACUGGUCCUUGAGACUCUCAGCAAGCUGAGCAUCCAGGACAACAACGUGGACCUGAUACUGGCCACGCCGCCCUUCAGCCGCCUGGAGAAGCUGUACGGCUCGCUGGUGCGUCUGGUGGGCGAGCGAAAGGUGGCCGUGUGCAGAGAGAUGGCCGUGGUGCUGCUGGCUAACCUGGCGCAGGGUGAUAGUCUGGCAGCGCGGGCCAUAGCUGUGCAGAAAGGCAGUGUGGGAAAUCUGCUGGGCUUCCUGGAGGACAGUCUGGCAGCCACUCAGUACCAGCAGAGCCAGAGCUCGCUGCUGCAGAUGCAGCACCACUUUGAGCCCACCAGUGUGGACAUGAUGCGGCGGGCAGCCCGCGCCUUGCACGCUCUGGCCAAAGUGGAGGAGAACCACUCAGAGUUCACUCUGUAUGAGUCGAGGCUACUGGACAUCUCUGUUUCCCCUCUUAUGAACUCUAUGGUGUCCCAGGUCAUCUGUGAUGUACUGUUUCUGAUUGGCCAGUCAUGACAGCCGGGGACAGUGUCCGCUCUGCCCUUCUGUUCCCUACGCCCACUUUCUGUGUGAGUGAGUGUUUGUGAGUGUGGCUGAGCACUAAACUGUCCUUUUCUUUUUUAAUUUAUGCAAAAUAACCUCGGAUUCCACUGUCUUUACCCCUGCUUCUCACUAAAGGAAGGAAUAUGAUGAAGUAGUUGUGGAUUUUAUGAUAGAUGCUGGCACAGAAGAGCAGACUGGGACCCAGGUGUAAGACAGAGUGCACCGCCCUGCAGAAAGUACUUGUUUUUUAAUGAAAAGAAAAAUCUCCAGAAAAAAGAAACUGUAACCAAAGUUGCUGUCUCGUUUACAGUGAGUUUGGGGGAUCCAUGCGCUCUCCUCUUCCUUUGGGGGUCGGGAGGAAGAAGGGUGUGUGAACUUGACAAUAUUCUGGUUCAUGUUGGAGGCUAUAGACUCAGACUGUGGUGUGGUAUCAUUGCUGUAACUUUGGAUGCUCUAUACUCAGCCCCACAGGAACCACAUUAUUGGCUGUGAACAGAUGACUGUCAUGGGAGGCCUGUGCAGUAGAUUGUAGAACUUUUUCUGUACUGUACACCUUAAAAACUGUAAACAUACUGUAAUAAUACUGUUUCACACUGAGAUACGCUGGCUUGGCAGCAAACUGUAGUUUUUAAACAGUUUUAGUUCAUGUCAAGAGAGAAAACGGCUUUCCCCCAAAAGUAUGGUGAACCUACAACACCCCGACCUCUUGUCCCUUGAUUGUAUGACUUGACCCUUAUAUUAAAGUCACCUCUUUAGGACUGGUCCUCAGCUCUAGAUGCAGUCCAAGCUGCAGUGUAUAUAUGAUGUUGUACAUUACACUUCUCUCUUCUUCUCAUCUUCUGUUGCUCUUCACCAUUUUUAAUCUUGAACGAGUUUCCUGCAUCAAGUAGGCCAUGAGACUACUCUCUGCCCCACCCUCUGCUCCUCAGGCUGGUGCUGUGGGCAGAGUAGGUGGGGGUGUGGUCUUCAGUCUGGGUGUAGAUUGUAAUAACCAAUCAUGUCUGCGGUUCCAUUUGGGCUCUUUCACAAAGACAAGCUAGACCUUGAUGAAGAAAUAAUUUGAUUUUGUUUAUUUUUUUUUUCCAGUGAUGCGGAUUCUGCAUAUUUGUAUUUCAGAUGAUGUAGCUAAAACUUGAUGUAAAUUCCUCCCUUUUUCCUUUUUUGCUUAAUGAAUAUCAUUUAUUCAGUAUGAAAAUCUUUAUACUAUAUGUUCCACGUGUUAAGAAUAAAUGUACAUUAAAUCUUG